UGGAUAUUUGAAAAGCUUGAGACUAUGGGGAUGUGGUAGUAUAGAGCAUGUAAUUCCAUCUGAUUUGCUUUCUUGCUUUCCCAAUUUGGAAGAGUUAGAUGUAUGGAAUUGCAGUAAUGCAGAGGUGAUAUUUAAUAUCAAUGAUGAGAACAGGGUGAUGGCAAAACGUUCCGGAAUAUUCCGUCUGAAAACACUGUCUAUAGAUUGGCUACCAAAACUGGAGCAUGUAUGGGAGAAGGAUCCGGAGGGAAUUAUGGGCCUUCAAGCGCUAGAGGAAAUGAAAGUUGAUGAUUGUGGGCGUCUUAAAAGUUUGUUUCCAGCAUCCUUGGCCACCACAGAUCUCACCAGACUUGAAGUGCUUGAGGUAAGAGAUUGUGAGGAAUUGAGAGAGAUAUUUGGGAAGGAUGAAAAAGUUGGAGAAGGAACAACACAACACUCUGCGUUUCCUUCUCUCACCACAUUGACGCUGGAGAAUUUGCCAUCCCUCAAAUACUCUAUCCACUGCUCCAAACAACAGGAGAGUACAACAAAUUUGAGUGAGGGAGAUAUACAAGAGAUAUGUCUUGGCUCACGGUCCAUUCCAAACACCUACUUCUGUCUCUUAGAAUCUCUAACUCUUGAUGGUUGCGAGUUUUUAGCCGAUGUACUGCUACCAUUCAAUUUGCUUACUUUCUUAACUAAUUUGGAAACGUUGGAAGUUCGAAACUUUGAUUAUGUCAAAAUCAUCUUUGAUGUCAAAUGUACAACACAAGAGAGAGAGGUGGCAUCUAUGGGACAAAUUUCUCUAAAGAAAUUGGUUGUAUCCAAGCUGCCAAAUCUAGAGAAUGUAUGGAAUGAUAAUCCUUAUGGAAUUCUAACCUUACACCACCUACAAGAAUUAUAUGUUGAGGAAUGUAAAGCCCUUUCAAGUGUGUUUCCACCAUCGGUAGCCAACAACGUUAUAGAACUUGAAAAUCAAGUAGUGGAAGAUGUACUGCUACCGUUCAGUAUGCUUCAUUUCUUAACUAAUUUGGAAACGUUGGAAGUUCGAAACUGUGAUUCUGUCAAAUCCAUUUUUGAUGUGAAAUGUGCAACACUGGACAGAGAUAUGACAUCUGUGGGACAAACCCUCCCCUUUUCUCUAAAGAAAUUGGUUGUAUCCAAGCUGCCAAAUCUAGAGAAUGUAUGGAAUGAUAAUCCUUAUGGAAUUCUAACCUUACACCACCUACAAGAAUUAUAUGUUGAGGAAUGUAAAGCCCUUUCAAGUGUGUUUCCACCAUCGGUAGCCAACAACGUUAUAGAACUUGAAAAUCAAGUAGUGGAAGAUGUACUGCUACCGUUCAGUAUGCUUCAUUUCUUAACUAAUUUGGAAACGUUAGAAGUUCGAAACUUGGAUUCUGUCAAAGUCAUUUUUGAUGUCAAAUGUACAACACAAGGCAGAGAUGUGACAUAUAUGGGACAAACCCUUCCUUUUUCUCUGAAGAAAUUGAAUGUAUCAAAGCUGUCAAAUCUGAAGAAUGUUUGGAAUGAAGAUCCUCAAGUAAUUCUCAGCAUGCACCAUUUACAAGAAGUUUGUGUUGAGGAAUGCGAAGGCCUUACAAGUGUGUUUCCAGCAUCAAAAGACAAGUAUCUUCUGAAACUUAAAAAUCUAGUAGGGAAAGACUGUAAAGGAUUGAUGACUAUUUUUGCAGAGGAUAAUAUAGAUCCAAGAACAAAGCUAGAGCUUACAUGUCCCUUUGUGAGAUCAUUGGAACUUGAGGGUUUGCCCAACUUCAAGUAUUUUUACUACAGCUCACUGUAUCUAGAAUCACAUACCGAGAAUAAAGUCGGCAGUGAAAAGUUAUUAAAGUGCUUGUCAUUGGGGGAAAAUGGAGUAAAUAUGAUUUUGCAAGGAGAAUUUCAGCCAAACCUCCUAGACAACAUAAAAGUUCUUACUCUCCGCUUUGGUUCGGAUGUAUUUCGCUAUGAAAUUCUAGAAGAGGUUCCGAAUAUAGAGAAACUUGUGGUGUGCGAUGGUUCCUUCAAGGAGAUGUUCUGUUGUGAAAGUGGUAAUAAUGUGUUACAGAAGCUGAAAGUAUUACAGUUGGAGUACCUUGGACAGCUGGUUUCCAUUGGGUUAGAGAACUCUUGGACUGAUUCAUUUGUCAGAAACUUAGAAACCUUUGAAGUCAUUAGUUGUUGGAGAUUAAAAAACUUAGUAGCAUGCACAGUGUUUUUCUCCAAUCUGACAUGUUUGAAAGUAGAAAGUUGCGGUGGCUUACUAUAUUUGUUCACGUCCUCAACAGCCAAAAGUUUGGUUCAACUGAAAAGAAUGGAGAUAAAAAAGUGUUUUUCAAUCGAAGAGAUAGUGUGUAAGGAGGAAUCAGAUGAUGAUGAGAUAAUAUUUCCGAACCUCAGUUGUUUAAAUCUUGAAUGGUUAGGGGAGCUGGGAAGGUUCUACAGAGGGAGUUUAAGUUUCCCAUCCUUGGAGGAACUGUCAGUAACAUAUUGUAAAAAGAUGACAACAUUUUGUGUAGGAAGUCUAGACGCAGGCAAGUUGUCUCAAGUAGAAUUUGAAUCCGAAGAGGUUAUUAUUCCAUUGGAAACCGAUCUCAACUCAAUUAUGUGGAAGAAAUAUCUGAGAGAGAUAUCAUGGCUUGAUCUCGACAGAAGUAAACCAGAACUACAAGAGAUAUGGCGUGGCUCACUGCCUAUACCCAACUUCUGUUUCAGAGAGUUGGCCACAUUGAAGGUGAAUGAUUGUCCGUUUUUAUCGGAUGCAGUGCUACCCUUCCAUUUAUUUUCCCUAUUAUCCAAAUUGGAAACAUUGGAAGUUCGAAACUGUGAUUCUGUCAAAGUCAUAUUUGAUGAUGUCAAAUGUUCAACACAAGACACUUUAAUUACUUCUCCUAUGAAGAAUUUGGUUUUAUCGAACCUGCCAGAGCUGGAAGCUGUUUGGAACGAAGAUCCUCCUCAUGGAAUUUUAUGCAUGCAACAUCUAAAAGAAGUACAUGUUACUAAAUGUAAAAGGCUUACAAGCGUGUUUCCAGCAUCUGUAGCCAAAGAUCUUGAACUUGAAGAACUAGUAAUUGAAGAGUGUGAGAGAUUGGUGGCAAUUGUUGCAGAGGAUAAUACAGAUUCAAGUCUAGAGCUUACGCUUCCCUGUCCCUAUGUCAAAUCAUUGAAAUUAGAUGGUUUGCAAAAGUUCAGCUACUUUUAUUACUGCUCACUCAAUACGCAUCUGGAAUCUCCUACCCAAGAUCAACUCCCUCAUGAGAAGUGCCUGUCAUUAGGGAAAAAUGGAAUGAAGAUGAUUUUGCGAGGAGAAUUGGAGAGAAACCUCUUGGACAGUUUAAAAGCUCUUACUCUCCGCUUUAGUUCAGAUAUAUUUGGAUAUGAAAUUCUAGAAGAGGUUCCGAACAUAGAGAAACUUGUGGUGUGUGGUGGUUCAUUCGAGAAGAUGUUCUGUUGUGAAAGUCGUAAUAAUGUGUUACAUCAGCUGAAAGUAUUACACUUGGAGUCUCUUGGAGAGCUGGUUUCCAUUGGGUUAGAGAACUCUUGGACUGAUUCAUUUGUCAGAAACUUAGAAAGCUUUGAAGUCAUUAAAUGUGGGAGUUUAAAAAGCUUGGUAGCAUGCACAGUGUCUUUCUCCAAUCUGACGUGUUUGAAAGUAGAAGGUUGUCGUAGCUUAUCAUAUUUGUUGACAUCCUCAACAGCCAAAAGUUUGGGUCAACUGAAAAGAAUGGAAAUAAAAGAUUGUGAUUCGAUUGAAGAGAUAGUGUCUAAGGAGGAAUCAGACGAGGAUGAGAUAAUAUUUGCGAAGCUCAGUAGUUUAAAUCUUGAAUGGUUAUCUAAGCUCAGAAGCUUCUAUAAAGGGAGUUUAAGUUUUCCAUCCUUGGAGGAAUUGACAGUAUCAUCUUGUUCCGAGAUGAUAACUUUAUGUCCAGGUACAGUGAAAGCAGACAAGUUGUCUCAAGUUAAACUGAAUAACUUCUCAGAGGCUAUUCAAUUGGAAAUUGAUCUCAACUCUACUAUGAGGAAGGAAUUUGUGAGAAAGAAUACACAAGAGAGAUGGCAAAAUAGUCUUGAGUUCAAAGAUAGGGCAGACCUACAAGAGAUAUGGAGUCUCUCACUGAAAAUGCAUGACUUUUGUUUCACUUACUUGGAAACCUUGAUUGUGGACGGGUGCCAACUUUUAUCAUAUGUAAUCCCCUUCGCUGUGCUUCCUUUGUUACCUCAAUUGCAAACGUUGCAAGUUCGAAACUGUCAUUCUCUCAAAACCAUAUUUGAUGUCAAAUGUACAACACAAGACAUAUCAAUUACUUUUCCUCUGAAGACAUUAGUUUUAUGGAAGCUGCCAAAUCUGGAAACCCUUUGGAAUGAAGAAACAGAUGGAAAUCCAGCUCAUCCAGAAGGAACCAAUCCCAACCUUACGUUCCCCACUCUGACGUCAUUGACGCUAUGCGAUUUGCCCAACUUCAACCAUAAUAUUCAUGAUGCAACACCAACAUCUGAGCUAAUUAUAUCCAACUUAGAGGAUCUGACAGUGGGUAAAAAUGAAUUAAAGAUGAUUGUGGACGGAGAAUUUCAGACAAACCUUUUACACAACUUAAAAGUUCUCGGUCUGUGCUUUGAUAAUGAGUGUGAUGAAUUUCCGGAGUAUGGAUUUCUACAACAGUUGCCAAAUGUAAAGAAGCUUAUGGUGUGGAGUAGUUCCUUCAAGCUCAUUUUCUGCCAUCAAAGACCUAAUAAUAGUGAACUUCUAUUACAGCUCAAAGAAUUACGGUUGGAGUCCCUUGGAGAGCUAGUUUCCAUUGGGUUAGAGAACCCAUGGACUGAGCCCUUUGUCAGAAAUCUAGAAACUUUUGAAGUGAUUAGUUGUUCCACUUUGGAAAACUUGGUAACAUGCACAGUGUCUUUCUCAAAUCUGAUAUGUUUAAAAGUAGAAAAUUGUGAUGGUUUGUCAUAUUUGUUCACAUCCUCAACAGCCAAAAGUUUGGGUCAACUCCAAAGAAUGAAGAUAAAACAGUGUAAAUCCAUUGAAGAAAUAUUGUGUGGGGAGGAAUCAGAUGAGAAUGAGAUAAUAUUUCCACAGCUCAGUUGUUUAGAACUUGAUAGUUUACCGAAUCUGCUAAGGUUCUACAGAGGGAAUUUAAGUUUCCCAUCCUUGGAAAAAUUGUCAGUAACAGAUUGCGAUGAUAUGGUAACUUUAUGUCCAAGUACGCUAAACGCAGACAAGUUGGGAGAACCUGAUCUGAACUCUACUAUGCGAAAGGAAUUUGGGAGAAAGAUUUCAGAACUUGAAAAACUUGAUCUCAAAAGUAGACCAAAACUACCAGAGAUAUGGCAUGACCCACUGCAUAUCCUAGACUUGUAUUUCAGUAAAUUGGUCACAAUGAUUGUGGACGACUGCCAGUUUUUAUCAGAUGCAGUGUUACCCUUCUCUUUACUUCCUUUAUUACCCAAAUUGGAGAAAUUGGUAGUUGGAAACUGUGAUUCUGUAAAAACCAUAUUUGAUGUCAAACGUGCCACACAAGACACAUUAAUUACUCUGCCUCUGAAGAUAUUGAUUUUAUCCAACUUGUCGAAUCUGGAGAAUAUUUGGAGUGAAGAUCCUCAUGGGAUUCUAAGCAUGGAUCAUCUAAAAGAAGUACGUGUUAAGGAGUGUAAAGGCCUUACAAGUGUGUUUCCAGCAUCAGUGGCCAAAGAUCUUAUGAAACUUAAAGAUCUAGUCGUGGAAGAGUGUAAGGGAUUGAAGGCAAUUGUUGCAGAGGAAUCCAAGGAGGAUGAGAUAAUAUUUCCGCAACUCAUGUAUUUGGAGCUAGAAACUUGCAAUAGCCUGCCAUAUUUGUUCACAUCUUCAACAGCAAAAAGCUUGAGUGAACUCAAAAGUAUGAAGAUAAAAGAAUGUAAAUCAAUUGAAGAGAUAGUAUCAAAGGAGGGGGAGGAAUCUGAUGAGAAUGUAAAAAUAAAAUUUGAGCAGCUGCAAGAUUUGUAUCUUGAAAAAUUAGAUGAGCUAAGGUGUUUCUACGCUGGCAAUUUUACUUUAUGUUUUCCAUCCCUGGAGGAAGUCCAAGUCAUCAACUGCAGCUCCAUGAAAACUUUCAGUGCAUCCAACAAAAUAGAUAAUUCCAUAAAGUGGUAUUAUUCAGAAUAUGCGAGACCCCGGAAGGAAACCGAUCUUAAUUCUGCUCUACACAGAACUUCCAAAGAAGAGGCUCCCGAUGCUUCUAGCGCCAUCAUUUCAGUUAUUCAAUAGUUCAGAUAUUGAACAAGGUUGAGCCUCUGUUGCCGACUCCAAUAUUGCAGUAAUUAAGAGGAGAUUGAAGGCAUCAAGAAUGGAUGAAGAUGAAUGUGUUCAGAUUUUAUUACGUGUUUUAAAAAAAAUGAAAAAAAAAAAAUGUGUUGUUCUACCUAGUUGAAGAUGAAUGUGUUCCUAUUUUAUUAAGUGAGAUUGUGUUUUAAAAAAAAUGUAUUGUUCUACCUAGUUGAAGUAGAAAGUGUCCCUAUUUUAUCAGGUGUGAUUGUGUUUUAAAAAAAAAUAUAAAAAAAUGUGUUGUUGUACCUAGUUGAAGAUGAAAGACAUUAUUACUUGUAUUAUGUAAUGUGUGGGAUUAAAAGUGAUGAACGGUCAUGAAUA